AUGUCGGAUCUGUGGCAGGAGAUCUGCGAGCGACGUCCUGAUAUAGCCACGCUACCAAUAGUUGUUGUCGGCAACAAAUGUGAUUUACCUACUAAAAAGAUUUUCGAAGCGACUGCUAAAGCCUUCACGAAUCGUCUUAGCGCUGACGUACGCUACUUGGAAGUGUCAGCCAAAAACAAUUUGAGGGUCACCGAGAUUUUUCGAACACUUCUCGAACUAAGCGGGUUCCCUCGUUGUAAGGCAGGUGGUGGUGCACUCGAAGACCCUGGAGGAGCUCAGACCCCAGAAGAUUGGAACAAUGACCAUCAAGCACUGCGACGUGUGAAUACAGCUCGUGCUCGUGCAGCAAGCAGAGACCCUUCCCGAGACAGACAAGAGACGCAGAAAAAUGGUCAUCCACCCGUUAUGGACAAACAACUGACCCAUCCAAAUCUUGCCUUACCAAUGAACCUUGGCGACUUCAGGAGAAAUCGUUCCCUUCGAAUAAAAUCGCCAAGAGGAGAGAAGGAAAAAGACAAGUUGGAGAGAAGACCCUCGGACGAGACUUGCAAGCUAAGUCGCAGUGCUAGCCUGAUCAAGAGGACGAAACAUCUUUCACUGAGAAUGCGCCGUCACGGUGACAAGGUCGGCGACGAUGAGGUUGUCGACGAAAGUGAUUGUAAAAUACAAUAG